GUGCUGGCUGGUGCUUGUGUGAGGGGCUGCCCUCUGAGGUGGGGGCAGGCCUGAUUUGCAGGGGAAACGCUGUUAAUUUGGUAGACCCGCAGGUAUGUGGUGUAGAAAAUGCAUCUUUAACACGCUGCAGGGGAUGGGCUGUUGCAUACCUGUGUCAUAGAUGUGAAGAUUUGUAAAGCGUGAGAGGGCUUCUGGCUCUUAAGGCCCGGUAGGUUCUGUGGACGAGGACUGGAGGCGUUUUGUGGCACCAGAAAGGGCUGGGGAGCCUUCUCCCUAGGGCUGACGAUGCACUGGGUCUGCCUUUUGGGACCUUCCGCCUAGGGUCAGCAACACACCGGGGCUGCGUUUUGGCUGUAGCAGGAGGCAGCAGCUUGGUUUAAGAGUGAGCUGGAUCUAAAGGUCUUUUAUUUCCGCACCAAGCGUUGCGCAUAAACAAGAGUGUGCAAAGCCGUUGGGUUGCAGCAGGAAGCUGCCGCGAGGUGUGUGUCACCCCAGCGCGUCCGGUUGUGUGCAACGGGGCCGGGAUGCCACCAACGCCAAGCAGCACUCGCCGGACAAGCCCGUUUUCCCCAAGCUUUGGCCCUGGCCAUCCUGCUCAUCCUCGCUCAGGAGCAGAGAGCUGGCGGGGGCUGAAAGUUAACAUUUUGAGUGGGAGUCGAUCUUCGAAAACAUUCAAACCAAAGAAGAAUAUUCCCGAAGGUUCCCAUCAGUAUGAACUCUUGAAACAUGCAGAAGCGACUCUGGGGAGCGGUAACCUUAGACAAGCGGUUAUGUUGCCGGAGGGAGAGGACCUUAAUGAGUGGAUCGGCAGUUAACACGGUGGAUUUCUUCAACCAAAUCAACAUGCUGUACGGGACCAUCACGGAGUUCUGCACGGAGGUGAGCUGUCCGGUCAUGUCCGCAGGACCAAGGUACGAGUACCACUGGGCGGACGGCACGAACAUAAAGAAGCCGAUCAAGUGCUCGGCUCCGAAGUACAUCGAUUACUUGAUGACGUGGGUGCAGGACCAGCUGGAUGACGAAACGCUCUUCCCUUCAAAGAUCGGCGUCCCUUUUCCCAAGAACUUCAUGUCGGUGGCCAAGACGAUCCUGAAGCGGCUGUUCCGCGUCUACGCCCACAUCUACCACCAGCACUUCGAUUCCGUCAUGCGGCUCCAGGAGGAGGCCCACCUCAACACUUCCUUCAAGCACUUUAUCUUCUUUGUGCAGGAAUUCAACUUGAUCGACAGGCGGGAGUUGGCGCCUCUGCAGGAACUGAUUGAGAAGCUGGGCUCCAAGGACAGAUAAAAACUUUCCCCGGAGGACCCUUUGGCUGCUCCUUUCCGCUUUGUACGCCAGCCACUUCUACGCUUCACCUUCUGCGAUGCAAGCUGUCCUCCGAGGCCGAGCAUCAUUUCUACUCUGCAGCAGCGACAGCCUGUGUUGUUUUAAAACUUGCUGGCUGUGAUGUGCCCCGCGUAGUCCGCUUCAUUUUCUAGGCGACACGCAAGAACCACAGUCUGGUUGAAGCCGGGAUUCGGUUUUGUUCCCCGCAGGCAUGGGGUGAAGUUCCGAGUGCCACACGGCUGCUUUCUACUCCCAGAGGCAAAGUUUGUUUUCCCUCUGGCCCCCACACCACAGUGCUCGGCCUUGUGAGCAGCGCGGGCUCUGCUUAUUUUUGGAUAAAAGAGGUGCACUUUGGCCCAGAGCCUUAAGCUCUCCUCUGGCAGCAGCAUUGGCAGGGGGAGGGAAAAAAAGUGCCUGGCCCGAGGGGAGCCUGUCCCUGGGCUGAGAAGAGCAGCUCGCUCUCUGGUGUUCCCAGGGGCAGCAGCAGUGGGUGGCCCAGCAAUAAAAUAAAACUUUUCUCUUCCA